GCUACCUUAACGGUGCUUGUUCCUGAAGCUCGUCUAGGCUGCGGCAGUUAUUUGGAAGAACGUCCGGGCUUGGUGUGAGAAAGUAGUUCAAUUUUGCGAAGAAUAAUGGGACGCGGAUCCGUCGUGAGACAACACUUCAUGGACCGAGGACAUCUAGGCUGACUGGUGAAAGAGGGCUCCAUAACAAGUCUAUCCACAGAAGGGGCGUGAUUAUGAGCUGGCAGCAACAUCGGAGCAAGGUGUGAAGAAAAAGAAGAAGGAAAAGAACAUGGAUGAUCUAAAAAAGGAAGUGGAUUUGGAUGAUCACAAGCUGAGCACAGAAGAGCUUCAACGUAAAUAUGGUACAGACUUGAGCAGGGGCCUUACACAUACCCGCGCAGAAGAAAUCUUUGCUCGUGAUGGCCCAAAUGCCCUCAGUCCUCCUCCUGUUACACCAGAGUGGGUGAAGUUCUGUAAGCAGAUGUUUGGAGGCUUUUCCCUACUGCUGUGGACUGGUGCUGUUCUCUGCUUCAUUGCUUAUGGCAUUCAAGCCGCAAUAGAAGAUGAGCCAUCUAGUGAUAAUCUGUAUUUGGGGGUUGUGCUAUCUGUUGUCGUCUUCAUCACCGGUUGCUUCUCAUACUACCAAGAGUCCAAGAGCUCUAGAAUCAUGGACUCCUUCAAGAACUUGGUGCCCCAGCAAGCUCUGGUUAUCCGUGGAGGUGAGAAAAAGCAAAUAUGUGCUGAGGAUGUAGUGGUGGGUGAUCUGGUGGAGGUGAAGGGUGGAGACAGGAUCCCUGCAGACCUGCGUAUCAUUUCUGCAAAUGGCUGUAAGGUUGACAACUCCUCUCUCACAGGAGAGUCAGAACCUCAAACUCGAUCUCCAGAAUUCUCUAAUGACAACCCUUUGGAAACUAGGAACAUUGCUUUUUUCUCUACCAACUGUGUGGAAGGAACUGCAAGAGGUAUUGUCAUCAACACCGGGGACCGCACUGUCAUGGGCCGCAUUGCCACUCUCACCUCUGGUCUUGAGGUGGGCCGGACACCCAUCUCCAUUGAAAUCGAACACUUCAUCCACCUCAUCACGGGUGUGGCAGUCUUCCUUGGAAUAACAUUCUUUAUCCUGUCAAUUAUCCUGGGCUAUAGCUGGCUCGAAGCUGUUAUCUUCCUAAUUGGAAUCAUUGUGGCAAAUGUACCCGAAGGUCUUCUUGCUACUGUUACUGUGUGUCUCACACUGACGGCUAAACGCAUGGCCAAGAAAAACUGCUUGGUGAAGAAUCUUGAAGCUGUGGAAACCCUAGGCUCUACCUCAACCAUUUGCUCAGACAAGACUGGAACCCUGACCCAGAACCGCAUGACUGUGGCCCACAUGUGGUUUGACAAUCAGAUCCAGGAAGCUGACACCAGUGAAAACCAGACUGGCGUUGCCUUUGACCGCUCGUCAGCCACCUGGACCAGCCUGGCACGCGUUGCUGGGAUUUGCAAUAGGGCCGUGUUCUUAGCAGACCAGAAUGAUGUUCCUAUUCUAAAGAGAGAUGUUGCAGGAGAUGCCUCGGAGUCUGCCCUCUUGAAGUGCAUUGAACUUUGUUGUGGAUCCGUGAAGGCCAUAAGAGAUAAAUACUCAAAAGUUGCAGAAAUCCCUUUCAAUUCAACUAACAAAUACCAGGUCUCUGUGCAUAAGAAUGCAGAUACUACAUCCAAGGCCAAGUAUAUACUUGUAAUGAAAGGAGCACCAGAAAGAAUACUGGAACGUUGCAACAACAUUCUGAUGCAUGGGAAAGAGAUGCCUCUGGAUGAUGAGAUGAAAGAUGCCUUCCAAAAUGCUUAUAUGGAACUUGGGGGCCUGGGAGAGAGAGUCUUGGGAUUUUGUCACCAAUACCUUCCUCCAGAAGAGUUCCCAGAUGGCUACAACUUUGACACGGAAGAGGUGAAUUUUCCCACUAAGAACCUCUGUUUUGUUGGACUAAUGUCCAUGAUUGAUCCCCCUCGUGCAGCGGUACCAGAUGCUGUGGGCAAAUGCAGGAGUGCUGGAAUCAAGGUUAUCAUGGUCACUGGUGACCAUCCAAUCACAGCUAAGGCCAUUGCUAAAGGUGUUGGAAUUAUCUCUGAAGGCAAUGAGACUGUUGAAGACAUUGCUGCACGCUUGAAUAUUCCUGUUGCUGAGGUUAAUCCCAGAGAUGCUAAAGCAUGUGUGGUCCAUGGUGGUGAUCUUAAGGAGCUUAGCUCAGAACAGCUUGAUGAAAUCCUGAGACACCACACAGAGAUCGUCUUUGCUAGAACAUCACCACAGCAGAAACUGAUUAUUGUUGAGGGGUGUCAGCGUCAGGGAGCAAUUGUGGCUGUUACUGGUGAUGGUGUGAAUGAUUCUCCUGCACUGAAGAAGGCUGACAUCGGGGUUGCUAUGGGCAUAGCGGGCUCUGAUGUUUCCAAGCAGGCUGCUGACAUGAUUCUUCUUGAUGACAACUUUGCAUCUAUUGUGACUGGCAUAGAAGAAGGCCGGCUGAUCUUUGACAACUUGAAGAAGUCCAUUGCCUACACUUUGACAAGUAAUAUACCUGAGAUCACACCAUUUCUGUUCUUCAUCAUCGCCGAUAUCCCUCUGCCACUUGGAACUGUCACCAUUCUAUGUAUUGACCUAGGAACAGACAUGGUCCCAGCUAUUUCCCUGGCCUAUGAAUCUGCUGAAAGUGAUAUCAUGAAGAGGCAGCCUAGGAACCCCCAUACAGACAAAUUGGUGAAUGAAAGGCUCAUCAGUAUUGCAUAUGGCCAGAUAGGCAUGAUACAGGCACUAGCUGGCUUCUUCACAUAUUUUGUGAUCCUGGCUGAAAAUGGUUUCAAGCCAACAAUCCUACUUGGAAUCCGUACGAAAUGGGAUGACAAGCAUGUCAAUGAUCUUGAGGACAGUUAUGGGCAACAGUGGACAUAUGAACAGAGAAAGACUGUGGAGUUCACCUGUCACACAGCCUUCUUCGCUAGCAUUGUGGUUGUGCAAUGGGCUGAUCUGAUCAUCUGCAAGACGAGGAGGAACUCCGCCUUCCAGCAGGGAAUGAAAAAUAGAAUCCUCAUUUUCGGACUAUUUGAGGAAACGGCUCUUGCAUGUUUCAUGUCAUACUGCCCAGGGAUGGAUGUGGGUCUGAGAAUGUAUCCACUCAAACCCACCUGGUGGUUGUGUGCCUUCCCAUACUCUUUGCUCAUCUUCAUCUAUGAUGAAAUUAGGAAGCUCCUUAUUAGGCGCAAUCCUGGAGGUUGGGUGGAGCGAGAGACAUACUACUAGAACAUCGUUUGAGUCUUUUCGAUGUUUUGUUGUUUUUCUUUGUAUCGUGGUCUAAAUGCUUUGUUGCUUUUCGAUUUCUAAUCUCUACAAAUUGCAAUGCUAAUAUAUCAAAACAUGGCAUAUACAUGAUUUUUAACUGUCUAAUAUGAAUUAAACUGAGUCUGAGCCCAUUUCUUUCAUCCAAAUUACUUAGUUGCCUCAUGUGUGUGCGUUGAUGUAUAUUCAUACAUUUUAGUUUUACUCCCUUUUCAGCAUUCUCACUUAAGACUCACACUUUUAUGAGCUGGCUCUUUGCCAGGUUGAAAUAGAAAAAGGAAGAGAAGUAGGCAUGGAUACCACCCAGGAACUCUGAACGAUUUCAUUUGCAGCAAGGGACCUCUUUGUAUGAUGUGGAGGUGCUCGAAUGUUCCAUGACGCCACUCAGCUUGUGCUCCUUUCAUUGGCUCCAUUCAUUCAUCCGGGCCACAUUUGAAUGCAAAGCCACCAAGUUGUUCAACUCGGCUCCUACGGACAGACAGUGGCGCCUCAUUCACUCAGACUCGAGAAGACGAGGAUUUUCGGUUGUUUAUGAUUUUGUAUUAUCCACAUACACAGAUAUUAAGAUAUAUUGAUGCAGGAGACAUAAUUUCUGAUAAAUGUUCUGUCGUUCGGUACCCUUAAUUGUGACGUGUGUCAGGAAAUGUUCUAGAGACAGCAGAUGGAAUGAACUGGGAUGCAUGAUAUAUUGAAGAGGAAUGCUAAAGAAAGUGGGGCUGUUUCUUCGCCUGAGGGACUCAUUGAUGUAAUUGUCUCAGCUUUCAACUCCACACCAGUCACUUAGCAAUCUUAUUUUAAUGACUAAAGCAUUAGAAAGUCUGGAUUUUGAUUGUUUUAUUUUCCUUUGAUGAGCAGUGUUUCCUAAUUUUUCAGGUUUUUUUUUUUUUUUUUUCCUUAGAAGUGGUUUGGCUGGACUCACCGACUUAGCUCCAGUGUGGGUGCCAAAGUGCACCAUGAUGCAUUUCUUAGGCCUGCAGCCGUUGGGAGCCUCAGCUCAUGUUCAGAGAUGCUUGCAUUGUGCUCCUGUGAAAAUUGACUUGGCAAGAACAAUGACAUGCAGCAAGUCAAGCAAGAGUGGGAAUUUUACUGGACUAAAAACUGGUGCUGGGUUCUGCUGCCCCUGCUUUCCGUAUCAAUAAUGCAACUCUAUCAUAAUUGCUCAAUGCCAGAACUUUGCAUUUCAAUCACAAGCUCAUAAUAAAUGGCCCAUUUUUCAGCCUGUUUACAGUAGCUAUUUGCCUUUUCAUGCAAGUGAAUGAAAUAUAUAAUCACACUCUAGGCAUAAAAAUGGAACACAGUUCUGAAAAGCUAAUAAAUUAAUCAUUCACAACUGUGUUAAUAGAUUAUACAGAUAUCCAUGUGUUUAUCUGAAGUCUUUAUACAAAAUAUUAAUAAUAUGCAAAACACCAAAAAAGUACAUUAAGGGUAGACCUAGUAGGACAACUGCUUAAUUCACAAACCCUGAUAUUUUUUCCAGGUUCUUACAGUAUGUGAUGGAAUGUCUGUAAAUGUGCUGCCAUAAAGCACAAGCAUUUGUGAGCUGCCAGUUGAAAUGCAUCAAAUGGAUAAAAGGGUGUCUGCCAUGGGUUGUAAUUGUACAAUAAAAUGUAUUGGUCCUGCUACAAAUAA